AUGGACCAUUGUGGACUGCAGAGACUGAAACCUGGUGUGAGGAAGUAUGCCUGUGAACUGGAACUGGAUCCAAACACAAUGAACAGAUUCCUCAAACUGUCUGAUAACAACAGGACGGUGACAUAUGUGAAGUAUCAGUCAUAUCCUGAUCAUCCAGACAGAUUUGAUGUCUACUAUCAGCUGCUGUGUAGAAAUGAUCUGACUGGUCGCUGUUACUGGGAGGUUGAGUGGAAAGGAAUAGUUUAUAUAUCAGUGAGUUACAGAAGAAUCAGCAGGAAAGGAGGCAGUGAUGACUGCAGGUUUGGAAGGAAUGAUCAGUCCUGGAGUCUGGGCUGCUCUGCUGCUGGUGGUUACUCUGUCCGUCACAAUAAGAUAAAAAAAUCCAUCUCCUCCUCCUCCUCCUCCUCCUCCUCCUCCUCCUCCUCCUCCUCUGUCUCUAACAGAGUAGCAGUGUAUGUGGACUGUCCUGCUGGCACUCUGUCCUUCUACAGAGUCUCCUCUGACACACUGAUCCACCUCCACACCUUCAACACCACAUUCACUGAACCUCUGUAUGCUGGGUUCUGGGUCGGCUUUGGUUCCUCAGUGUCUCUGCAGGAGGAGCAGAGAGGAGCAGUGAGGAGGAGCAAAGAGGAGCAGUGAGGAGUAGUGAGGAGCAGAGAGGAGCAGUGAGGAGCAAAGAGGAGCAGAGAGGAGUAGUGAGGAGCAAAUGUAUUUGUUUUAAACUUUAUAUCAUAUCAAUUAUUCCUGAAACAUUUGGACUAAUAAAGUAUUUUCAGUGUUUAAUAAACACCCUGAUCAUAUUCUGGGUUAUUAAAUAAAGCAUUCACAAUCACAAUAUCAAUGAAUACAGACAUUAAUAAUCAAUAAAUAACAUUGUGCCAGCAGGAAUGCUUCAUAUUUCCUUGUUAAUGAUUUUCAACCCUCGUCUCUGAAUGGAAGUGAUUUCAUGUCAUAAAACAAUAAACAAUAAUAACAAUAACAAACAUGGUCAUUUUUAACUGACAGUGUGAGAUUAUCAGCUUCAGAGGGAACACAAGGAAUAAUAAUUCAAAUAUGUCAUUAAAAUAAGAUCAAUAAUAUAACAUACAAGGGGAAUACAGCAUUAAUUCUGCUUUAUAAAUCAUCAGGAAGAUUACUCAUAAUAUCAUUUCUGGGCUUUA